GAAAGUUAGUGAAGUUCAAGAACCAAACUACAAUGUCUACUUCGAAACCCAUCUCCUCCUUCCGACUCACCUCUCUCCUCCGCUCUCAGAAAGACCCCUCCCUGGCCCUUCAACUCUUCCUCAACCCAAACCCUAACCACCCCUUCGUCCGCCCCUUCCGCCAUUCCCUCCGCUCGUAUGACCUCAUUAUCACCAAACUUGUCCAAGCCAAAAUGUUCCCCCAAAUGGAACAGCUCCUCGACCAACUCCACACCCAAACACGCUUCCCUACCCCCGAACCCCUCCUCCGCCACGUCAUCGCUGCCUAUGCGCGCGCCGGCCUCCCAUCGUGUGCCCUCCGCACCUUCCUCUCCAUCCCCGCCCCCUCCCUCCGCUCCUUCAACUCCCUCCUCCACGCGUUGCUCGCCUACCGUGACUUCGCCUCAUUCACGCGCCUCCUUCCGCACCUCCCCCGCUUUCUCGGUCCCGACGCUUGCUCCUACAACAUCCUCAUCCACGCGUGUUCUCUAACCGACGACCGCGAUCGGGCAUGGAAGCUGUUCAACGAAAUGCGUAGGCGAGGCGUUCGUCCGAAUCAAAUUACGUUCAGAACUCUGAUUAACUUGCUGUGCAAAAGCCCUCAAUUGCACCUUCCCCAGGCGUUUAAGGUGAAGGAAGACAUGGAUAGAGUUUUUAAAAUUAAGCCUAAUGCUUUUGUGUACACUAGUUUGAUUAAAGCUGUUUGCGAGGUGGGUGAUUUUGAUUCCGCAGUUAGGUUGAAAGAUGAGAUGGUGAGGAACAAUUUGAAGCUUGAUGUUGUUGUGUACAACACUUUGGUUUCAGGGUUUUUAAAAGGAGGGAAGAAGGAUAUAGGAUUUAGGGUUUUGGAGGAAAUGAAGAUUGGUGGUGUGAAGCCGAAUUCUGUGACGUGUAAUGUGUUAAUUGGGGAGUUUUGUAGGGAGGGGAAGUUUGAAGAGGCUUAUAGGAUUUUGAAUGAUGGGUUAGAGGGUGUGAAGCCUGAUGUUUUUGGCUACAAUGUGGUUAUUGGUUGGUUGUGUAAAGAGGGGAAAUGGAGGGAGGCUGAUGAUUUAUUUGGGGACAUGCCAAGGCGACAGUGUGUUCCUGAUGUUGUGACUUACCGCACCCUGUUUAAUGGGCUUUGCCAGUGUAUGCAGUUUGAGGAAGCUGGGUUGGUUUUAGAGGAGAUGAUUUUUAAAGGCUAUGUUCCUCGUUCCUCCAAUUUGAAUGAGUUUGUUGGUAUGAUGUGUAAGGAAGGGGAUUUUGAGUUACUAGCGAAGGUUUUGAGUGGUUUGGUAGGUGGGGGAUUUUAUUGUGAGGAUGUGUGGAAAACUUUGGUCUUAUUGGUUUGCCAAUCGGAAAAGUUAUUGGGAGCUUUUGAGCAUUUUGAUGAAUUGGUGUUGGCAUGAGUUCUAUAUUGGGUUUCGGUGAAUGUGCAGAGAGAUAUUCUGUUAGUUCCAAAAUACGUAUUUCAGGGAUGGCCUGGACUCACCAAAUCAUGCCAAGCAUUGAACUAGAUCUAUAUCAGAGAGGUGAAUCUCUAGUCCACAAAGCGAAGAUGCAUGUCCAUGAAGAACAAUUGCAAUCAAGUGCUAAAGGCUUGGAGUAUUGUUUUGGACACACCUUUUGUUGAAGGAGAUAUGCUAACUGAGGCCUUCGGAGCUCCCCCUUCCAACAAAGGGCCAUCAAGUCACCAGUUUCAUUACUUGUUGAUUCUCAAAACCAGGAGGCCAGAGGCAACAACUAAAACACAAUUUCAGUGGCAAAGACACAAGAACUUACAAAAGCUGUGAAAUCAAAGACAAGUUCAACAACGAGAUCGACAACGACAAUAACAAUGUGAGAAAAAUUACGUGAGUGACGACGACGAGUGAGAAUGACGACACCUACAACGUCAACAACACAAGAACGAAGGCUUGAGGGAGGGCGCGAGAAUGAAGGCGUGAGGGAGGGCGCAACUGAAACCAAGAUCGAUAGUGCGAGAACAAAUAUGAAUCCCACGAACGAAAGCACAAUGAGAGUGAAUCAGAAGAGAGGAAUGAAGAUGAGCUUCAUCACUAAACCUAAAUAACAAAACCUAAUUGGUGAGCCCAAAUUACGACUUUGUUUUAUGUUUUCAAAAUUUCUUCCCAAACUCACAAGAUAGGAACUAGGUUUGCGAUUUCAGGUGAGUUUACUGAGUCCACCACCGAUUCCAUCAAUCCUACACCAAAUCAAAGUUUGUUUCUGAGUUAAUUCGGAAGCACUGUGUGAACUCGUAAACGUGUGAACUCGUAAACUCGACCGAGUUAAUGAGUUAAUUCGCGAGUUCGAUAACACUGGUAAAGAUAUGUGAAAUGAUUGGUAAGUAUGGAGUUGACUACAAAUCACUAUCUUAUCAGGAUAUUAGAGAGAAACUCUUAAAACAAGAUAUGAACAAAACAAAUAUAAUCCUUGAGGAAUAUAAGGAGGAGUGGAAGAGAAUUGACUAUGCCAUUAUGUUUGAUGGUUGGACGGACAAAAGAAGACGUUUUAUUUGCAACUUCUUGGUGAAUAGUUCUAAAGGGACUAUUUUUCUUUAUUCACUUGACAUCUUAGACAUUUCAAAAAUAAUUGAUAAAGUAUUCAAAAUGUUAGAUGUUGGAGAAGAAAAUCAAAAUGUUAGAUGUUGUUGAGAUUAAAAGGUAGUUUAAGUUGUCACUAAUAAUGUUGUAAAUUUUAAGACACUUAAGAUUGAAACUGUAAAAUAAUUCUAGAGGGCUUGAUUGAUCCCUCUCACAAUCUUCUAUUUAUAAGAAUAAAUUGAUACACAAAUACAUGAUAAAUAGGGUAACCCUAGACACAAUAUAAUCAUGAUAAAUAGGGUAAUCCUAGACAUAAUAUAAUCAUGAUAAAUAGGGUAACCCUUGACACACUAUAAUGAUGAUAAAAUAGGAUAAAUAUCCUAACACUCCCCCUCAAGCUGGAGCAUACAAAUUGUAUGUACCAAGCUUGGAACAAAUAAACUCAAUCCGAGGACCCCUUAAUGACUUGGUCAAUACAUCUGCGAGUUGAUCGUUUGACCCAAUAAACUCAGUACAUAUUUCUUUGGUCAACAACUUUUCACGAACAAAAUGACAAUCAAUUUCUAUAUGUUUAGUCCUCUCGUGAAACACUGGAUUUGAUGCAAUGUGGAGAGCAGCUUGAUUGUCGCAAUACAUCUUCAUAGUAUGGAUGUCACAAAAUUUAACCUCUUGAAGGAAUUGUUUCACCCAUAUAAGUUCACAUGUUAGUGAUGCCAUUGCCCUAUACUCGGCUUCCGCGGUUGAUCGAGCUACUACAUUCUGUUUCUUACUUUUCCAUGAAAUAAUGUUUCCUCCCAGAAAAACACAAUAUCCUGUUGUAGACCGUCUAUCAAUAGGUGAACCUGCCCAAUCUGCAUCACAAUACCCAGAGACAUGAAUGCUUCCUUUAUCUUCAUAUAACAAUCCUUGCCCGGGAGCCUUCUUUACAUACCUUAGAAUGCGAAUGAGAGCAUUCCAAUGGUCAAUACAUGGAGCCUGCAUGAAUUGACUAACCACUCCAACUGCAAAGGAUAGAUCUGGCCUUGUAAUAGUGAGAUAAAUCAGUUUGCCAACUAGCCUCCUAUACCUCUCUGGAUCGGAGAAUAAUUCACCUUCUUCUGUCCUUAAUUUCUGGUUUGGGUCCAUGGGACUGUCUACCGGUCUACAAUCAAUCAUGCCUGUUUCUUGUAAUAUAUCAAGAGCAUACUUCCUUUGGGAGAUUACAACUCCAUCUUUUGAUUGCGCUACUUCAAUGCCUAAGAAAUAUUUGAGACUUCCAAGAUCCUUGGUUUGAAAAUGUCUACACAAGUACUCUUUUAGUUGAGAUAUUCCAACAGCAUCAUUUCCUGUAAUGACAAUAUCAUCAACAUAUACUAUUAAGUAAACACAUUUCCCGAGAGAAGAAUGACAAUAAAAAACUGAAUGGUCUGCUUCACUGCGUUUUAGCCCAAAUUUUUGAACAAUGGAGCUAAACUUUCCAAACCAAGCACGUGGGGAUUGCUUGAGGCCAUAUAGAGAUCGAUGCAAUUUGCAUACCAUACCAGACUCCCCCUGAGCAACAAACCCUGGAGGUUGCUCCAUAUAAACUUCUUCCUCAAGAUCACCAUGUAGGAAGGCAUUCUUGAUAUCCAAUUGAUGAAGUGGCCAGUGACGAAUGGCUGCCAUGGCAAAGAAGAGACGAAUAAUAGUCAUCUUGGCUACAGGAGAGAAAGUGUCACAAUAAUCAAGACCAUAAACCUGAGUGUAACCUUUUGCAACAAGCCGAGCUUUGAGCCGAUCAAUUUCACCAUCAGGGCCAACUUUAACUGCAUACACCCAUCGACAACCAACCGCCUUUUUUCCUGGGGGAAGGGGCACCAGCUCCCAAGUAUUACUGUGGUCAAGAGCCUGCAUUUCUGCAAUCAUAGCUUGUCGCCAUCCAGGAUGAUCAAGUGCUUCUUUCACAUUCUUGGGUAUAACAACAGAGGACACUGAGGAUAAAAGAGAAAAAUAGGAGGGCGACAAUCGAUGAUAGCUUAGAAAAUUAUAAAUGGGAUGAGGGUUCCGAGUGGAACGAGUACCUUUUCUGAGGGCAAUAGGCCAUGCUGAAUCAUUUGCACCAGAAGGCGUGGGAGGAGGUGACGAGGGAGAAGAAUCUGAAGUAGGAGAUUCACCAUUGUCUUGGGGAGGUGGACUAUCCAUUGGGGCCCUGUGUGGGAUGAUCUCAGUAUGUGGAGAAACAGGUGUAGAAGGAUUGUGAUCAUGACUGGGAAUGACAGAGACAGUGGAGCUAUUUGACUCAACCAUUGGAAUAGGAAGGACCUGCUGGAGGAUAGAAACAUCCUGAACAGAUGGAGAGAAGUAAGGAGUCUGUUCAAAGAAUGUGACAUUGGCAGACAUGUAAUACUUCUUAGUUUCAGGAGAGUAACACCGAUAUCCUUUUUGAAGUCGAGAAUAGCCUAAGAAGACACAUUUGAGAGCGCGAGCGGAGAGUUUGUCUAGACCUGGAGACAUGUCAUGAACAAAACAUACACAGCCAAACACUCGGGGAGAUGUAUGAAAGAGAGGAUCAUUAGGAAACAAAAUGGAGAAAGGGACUUUAUUAUCAAGAGAGGAGGAGGGCAUCCUAUUAAUAAGAUAACAUGCAGUUAAGAUGGCAUCCCCCCAGUGAUGGACAGGAAUAUGGGCACCAAGCAAAAGGGUACGAGCAGUUUCAACCAAGUGUCUAUUUUUUCGUUCUGCUAUACCAUUUUGCUGUGGUGUAUGAGGACAAGUAGACUGAUGUAAGAUACCAUGGGAACUCAAGAUGGCAGAAAAGGAGGAUGAAAAAUACUCUUUGGCAUUAUCACUUCUUAAUAUUUUGAUUACUUGACCAAAUUGAUUCUUGAUUUCAUUCAAAAAGGAUGUAAAGAUAGCUAACAAUUCAGAACGAUUUUUCAUAAGAUAAACCCAAGUACAUCUUGAAUAUUCAUCAAUAAAGGUAACAAAAUAGCUAUAACCAAAGGAGGAGAUACGACUAGGUCCCCAUAUAUCAGAAUGGAUGAUGGAAAAACUAGAAUUACAUAUUGAUUGAGACCUUUUAUGAAAGGAAGAUCUAACAUGUUUUCCUAAUUGACAUGACUCACAUUCUAAGGUUUGGAGACCACUAAGUUCAGGACACAUCUUUUUUAAUUUGGACAAAUGAGGAUGGCCAAGUCGAUCAUGUAGCACUUUAGGAUUAAGAGCAGCAACACAAGACACCCUUGGACGAGAUCCAAAAUGGUAUAAUCCGCCAGCUUCAUAUCCUUCUCCAAUCUGUCUCCCCGAACCACGCUCCUGUAUAACAAAAGAUUUAUGAUCAAAGGUUAUUGAACAAUUUAACAUUUUAGUCAACUGGCUUAAGGAAAUUAAAUUAAAAGGACAAUUAGGGACAAAAAGGACUGAGUUGAGAUUGAGGGAGGGAGACAAAGAAACAUGACCGACUCCUUUGGAAGAAGUUUUAGAUCCAUUUGCAAGGGUUAUGAAAUGAGGUUUUUCUCGAAAGGAAAUAGAUGAGAACAAAGAGGUAUUACCAGAAAUGUGAUCAGAAGCACCUGAGUCAAUUACCCAUGAAUUUUGACAUUCCAUAGAUUGAGAAACGCAGGCUGUUGAUGUAUUGGGAGAUUGAGAUGGUUGUGCCAAGCUGUUAGACUUUAACCUUAAAUACUCUUGAUAUUCAUCCUCAGAAAACAUAGAAGUAGAGGUUUCAGUUUUCAAAGUGGAAGUUUCAGUCUUCGAAAUAUUGGCGGUUUUGGAAGGGAAACCAUGUAAGGAGUAGCAAUUCUCUUGAGUAUGACCCAUCCUUUUACAAUAUGUGCAUUGAGUACGUCCCCGACCUCCUCGUCCUCCUCCUCUAGUGCCACGUCCUCCUCUUCCUCGUGUGGCAACCAUGACAGAUGGUUCCACUAGUUCAUGCGCUUCUUGAGUUUGAGAUACCGGGACACGCAGAAGGCGAGUGGUCAAUGUUUCCAUAGAGGGGACCUCAUGACUAGUUAGAAGUUGAUCUCUGAGAUGAUCAAAAUCGGGAUGUAGGGCACGAAGGAUCAACACCAUGUAGAAUUUGUCUAGUUUCUUUUUUAUAUCCUCUAAUGGAUCUACUUCCAAAAACAUCCUAAGUUCUUCGACAGCAGAUUGGGCUUCAGUCAUGAAGGACACCAUAUCAUGGUCUGCCAUUUUAAGAGAUGCAAGUUUAUUCGUAGUGUCAUAGAGACGUUGAAUAUCGUUGGCAUAAAUGCUUUGGGCUUUCUUCCAAAAGGAGUGACAAGUUUUGAAAGCCCUCAAAGAUACAAAAAGUUUGGGUUCCACUGAUUGCCAUAACAGGGCACACAACUGGAAAUCUGCUUGUUUCCACUGAUCAGCUUUUUCAGUAGGCACAUGGCUUCCAUCUCGCUCAAGGUGGUCAUAAUGCCCUUGGCCAAGGAACCACAUUUCAACGGCAGCAGACCAUGAUAGAUAAUUUUUUCCAUUUAGCUUCUCGGAGGUAAUUGAUGGACUUCCAGAGAAGGAAAGAGUACUGCCAGACGCCAUUUCUGAAGAAGACGAAUAGUACUAACGAAGAACAAGAAAACCCUAAGGGUUUAGACGAAGGAAACUUUGACAGUGAUGGACGACGGUGGCCGGCAAUGGCGGGCGGUGGCCGGCGGUGACGGUGGCCGGACGGUGGCCGGAGACGGUGGCCGGAGACGGUGGCCGGAGACGGUGGCCGGACGGUGGCCGGCGACGGCCGACGGUGGCCGACGGUUGACGGUGGCCGGCGGCGGGCAGCGGCGGGCAGCGGCGGGCGACAAAGAACUGUGGCGCCGGACAAAUAUAUAUUACGAGACAGAAACCAGAGCGGGAUCGACCCGCUCUGAUACCAACUUAAGAUUGAAACUGUAAAAUAAUUCUAGAGGGCUUGAUUGAUCCCUCUCACAAUCUUCUAUUUAUAAGAAUAAAUUGAUACACAAAUACAUGAUAAAUAGGGUAACCCUAGACACAAUAUAAUCAUGAUAAAUAGGGUAAUCCUAGACAUAAUAUAAUCAUGAUAAAUAGGGUAACCCUUGACACACUAUAAUGAUGAUAAAAUAGGAUAAAUAUCCUAACAAAGACAAUUAAAGAGUUGUUGAUGCAAAAAAGAGAAAAAUUAUAUUGGAGUCCAUGUGCAACACAUUGCAUUGAUUUGAUCUUUAAAGAUUUUGAAAAGAAUUUGAAGGUCCAUGAAUUGACAAUUAAGAAGGGAAGAAAGAUUACUACUUCCAUUUAUGGAAGAUCAGUGUUGAUUUCAUUGUUGAAAAAAUUCACUAAAAGAAGAGCUUAAUAAGACUAGGGUGACUAGAUAUGGCACGACUUAUUUAACUCUUGGUUGUCUUCAUGAAUUGAAAGCAUCAUUGUUGACCAUGUUUAGCUCUGAGGAGUGUAAGACAAGCAAGUUCAGAAUUUCACAAGAGGGGGGAAGAGUAGAACAUAUUGUAUUAGAUAGUUGAUUUUGGAAGAAUGUCUCCACAUGCGUGAAAGUUGCUGCCCCUCUUAUGGUGGUCUUAAGAUUGGUGGACUCAGAUGUAAAAUUUGCAAUGAGUUUCAUUUAUAAAGAGAUGGAUUAUGCAAAUGAGAAGAUUAGGUCAAAUUUUAACAAUAUUAAGAAAUAAAAUUUCAAACUUUUACUCAUUCAAAGUUACUUAUGUGUAAAAUUAUUUCUAAUAUAACAUAAUUGGUUUGGUAAUUAUAUGUAAUUAUGAAGAGGUUUAGAGAAUAAUUGAUGCUUGAUGGGAUAAUCAACUUCAUAAGCCUUUGCAUGCAGUUGUCUAUUUUCUCAAUCCCCAUUUCCAUUAUGAACCUAACUUUAGAUAUGAUGAUGGAAAGGUGAAAGAAGGUUUGUAUAUAUGCAUGAGAAGAUUGGUACUAGAUUUGGCAUAAAGAAGAAAAAUAAAUUUGUAAAUUGUUGAAUUUCAUUUUGCUUGAGGACUUUUUGGAAUGGAAGAUGCAAAGGAAUGUCAGAUAGCAUUAAAUCAUGAGGAAUGGUGAGAGAUUUUUGGGGAGAUAGCAUUAAAUCAUGAGGAAUGGUGAGAGAUUUUUGGUGAUGGAACUUCACUGUUGAAGAAAUUUUCUAUUUGAAUUCUAAACUUGACUUGUAGUUAUUUGAGACGUGAGCGUAAUAUGAGCUCAUUUGAAAUGAUGAUUUAAAUUAUUUCUAAUUUAUAAUUUUCUUUAUUA